AACUGGCAAAUAUUCACCCCAAGUUAUCCUUCUAUGACCAUUGCAGCCUGCCAAAUGAAAAAGCACUGAGAGAAAUGGCAGAAAAAGCUGGGUCUGUGGCAUUCUGGACACUGGUAUAGUGAUGGAUUCUUCAGCUGUGGAUCACCUGACACAACUGAAACUCAGACUCCUAGAAAAGAGACUAGAAAAUGAACAGAAGAACAUAGAGAAGAUGGAGUUGCCUCUCCCAGUUGCAAGGAAGAGACGUGAGGAUAUGCUCCAAAGUGCCCUAAGGCGAAGGAAAGAUCUUCUGCAGGAGCUGAGGGAGCAGCACCUUCUGGAAGAGCUUUCACAGCCCCUUGCACCAGCUGGAGGAUGGUGUCAUAACCACAGAGCUGCCUCCCCACAUUUCUACCAGAUACCUUUUCCAGCUCCCCAAGCAGAGCCACCAAGGAUUAUCCAGCAGACGAUGCCACCUCAGCCUGCCACCAUCAUCCAGCAGUUACCUCAGCCGCCCCCUCUGAUCACACAGAUACCCCCUGCCCAGCCCUUUGCUGCCCCCCGCUCUGGCAGCAUUAAAGAAGAUAUGGUGGAGAUGAUGCUGAUGCAGAAUGCUCAGAUGCACCAAAUCAUCAUGCAAAACAUGAUGCUGAAGGCUCUGCCUCCCAUGGCCUUUGCACGACCCACUGGAGCCAGCUCUCCCCUGCUUCAACAUCUACAGCAGGACCUGCAGUUUGCUGCUCCCCAAGCAGCAAGAGCAGACAGGCCCAGGCCACCUGCGGUGCACCACCACCACCUCUACCCUCCUGCAGGGAUGCUCCCCAUACCCCCUGGGGCCUUCCCAGCCACAGGCAGCACGCUCCCUGUUCUGCACACGUGGCCCAUGUAUUGACAGUAUGUGUCCCUCCUCACAUGGACCACAGCCUCACUGAGGUCAGCCUGUCUUUGACCAGCUCCUGCAGCCUAAUGUCCCUAGGGCUGCAUGUUGCUGGUACAGGAGGCACGGGACUGCAGAUGUUUGGAGCAAACCUACCAUGCACCUGGAGUCUGAUCAACCACUGCUGAUACCUCCGUUGUUUCCUCUCAUCUUC